AUGACAAAACUCUCAACACUAUGUAUAUUUACUUUUCUUGUGUCCUCAAAUCUAGUUGACCCGGUCAAAGUCCUUCUCACUAUCAUGGAUCAAGGGAGAUCCCACGCCACUUCAAUCACUCCUCUAAUGCACCGAUUACAAAAAGAUGGUCACACAACUGCUCUGGAAAUGGCCACUUAUAAGAAAGAUAUGGAUUUUGGAAUGGAGGAAAGAUUCAUUGAUAUGUCGGCAUUUGAGAAUAAUUUUAUCUCAAAAGACUUUUUCAAAAUCGCGUUCGAAGAUGAAUUCACAUUUGUUCAUCAGGCAGUUCCAUUCAUAUUCGGAUGUAUUUCUUGUAAUCGUAUUCUGAAACAUCAACGUGAAAGAUAUCUGGAAAUUGCUAACGAAGACUGGGAUCUAUUUCUAUCGGAUUCUUUGUUUUCUCCGUGUGGAUAUGCAAUGGCAGAGAUAACUGGAAAGCCACAUGUUAUGAUGCAUUCGAGUGAUGUAGAAAGUGCUCAUGGAAGUUUCAAAGGGUUCAGUAGAAACUACGCUCUAAUGGUUCCCAACUUCCUUCCAUACUCAAUGUCUGACUUCACAACUGACAAAUGGUGGCAUCGAGUGAUUUCAACUGUUGAUUGGUUUGGAAGUGCAUUCAUCACAGGCGGAGUGGCUGGAUUUGCUCAAAAAUGGGCUCUCCGAUCGAUCAUCCCGUUCCCAUUUUUCUCAUUCUAUGAUUACAAUAGACGCAGUGCAUUCUCUUUCACAGAUAUGCCAGAUCCAUUGUAUCCAGUCGGUGCCAGAACGAAUGAUUAUUUUUCAUUUGGAACUUACUGUAACCCUCCGAAGAAUGGAUUGGAUGAAGAAUGGGGAAGAUUUGUGAACGAUCCGAAAUCGAAAGGAACCAUUCUCGUAGCAUUUGGAACAAUUAUCGAUUGGCGUUUCGCUCCUGAAGAGAAAUUUGAGAUUUUUCUGAAUGUUCUCAACAAAUUGACAGAUUAUCGAGUGAUUUGGAGUAUGAAAGGAGAUCGGCCAGAGGGUCUCUUGGAUCAUGUGAAGGUCUCAUCAUGGGUACCGCAACAACAAAUUCUGAAUCAUGAGAAGACAGUUCUAUUUUUGAGUCAUGGAGGAUUAAAGAGUGUUAAAGAAGCUGUCUGCUCCGCAACACCAUCCAUUUUCAUGCCCAUGUUCGCCGAACAAAUGAGAAAUGCUUGGCUAGCUAAAAGCAAAGGAUUCGCCCGGAUCCUGAACAAGUUCCAUCUCUCCGAAACGUAUCUGGAAAACCAUAUCCGAGAAGUGGUGGAGCACAAAGCUUAUCAAGUCAAUGCUGAACACUUUCUGUCAACUUUCGCAGAUCUUCCGAUGCCUGCAUUAGAUGAAGCGGCGUUCAAGUUCAAGAGACUUUUCAAGUAUAAUGGAAAGAUGCCAAAGUAUUUCUACCCGAAGGCUAUUGAUCUCUCUUAUUUGACUGCCUUGAAUUUAGAUAUUUGGAUUCUUUUGCCUCUAGUUUUAGGGUUUGUUGUAUCAAAGUAG